AAGUCAUCGUGAGUGGUAGAGUUAUAGCCUAAAUAUACUAUUAAAUGUCUUUUUAAAAGGUUCAAGUUAGAAAAGUUAAUUCUGCAAUCAAAAUUGCAUAUGUAAUAUAUACAUUUUUUGAAAGUCAGUUUUCCUAAAACUGGAGACAUGUUUCUUACUAACUCUACAGUAAGUUUGAAUCUAAACAUCAAAGGUUGAACUUGGAGGAACAGAACUAUGGGUUCAGGUCCACCAUCUUCUAAUAAUGUGACUGUCCUUUUUGAGCUCAAAGUUACAAUUGUUUCAGCUAAACUACAUUCAUCAAGUCUGUUUAAACCCAACCCUUAUGUGGAAUUGGUAGUAGAUGGUGGAAUUCCAGUAAGAUCUGAAUUUCAGAAAAAUACAACUCAUCCAACAUGGAAUGAACAAUUUCCUGUGCUUGUUAAUCCAUAUUCAAAGAUUCACAUUCGAGUGUUAAAUCACAACUCUCUUAUUAAAGACAGCCUGCUGGGUGAUUGUACAAUAGAUUUUUACAAAGUUCUUUCCCAACAUGAUGGAAAAUUGGACAAAUUGCCAAUGCCUAUGGAGCUUAAUGUUGCUGGUAAGGUUGGACGAAGUUCAAGUUUUGUUGUCACAAUCUUAGAUGGAGUACAGAUUGAGAUGAAUCGUUACCCUCCAAGAAAUUCAUCAGAGAGUUCAAAUUCAAAUGCUCAAUCCUCUAUAACUUCACAACCCAAUGGUAGCCUUCCUCAGAGUGGAACUCAACCAUCAAGCCCUUCCACCAGUGGAGGGAGCAAUCAGAUAUGUCGGCAUCACUCUGGGCCCCGCAUCCGUCCCUGGAAGCCAGGAGCUCUCAGCCCAGUUUCCACGGCAGCAGGGACAAGCUCUUCCAACACAAGUACAGACAGUGCCUCAACGACACCAAGCAACCUGAAUAGACAAUUGAGAGAUGCAAGAUUACAGUCCUUACUAACAAAUUUUAAUCUCUCAAGUCAGUCUAAUAAUACAGAUAUAACAACUAUGGCUGUUCCUGGUCCUCAAGUACCCACUGGUGUCAUUGCCAGUAACAGUGGCCCUUCACAGGGAUCUUCUAGUGGACAAAGUUCUGUUGGCCUCUUUGCUCCCGUAAGCUCUUUCUCAAAUGUCAGCAGUUCUUCUUAUUCUAAUUCUGUAAUUACACCAGCCAGUACCACAACUGUAUCAAUGUUGAGUACAUCAAGAAGCGAGAGUUCUCCACUCAGUGCCCCAAGCUCCCAACUGGGCAAUCGAGUUGGCCAGCGUAAUCAGUCAACUGCUGCAAGUGAAGAAGAGCCUUUACCAUCAGGGUGGGAAGUAAGAUUUGAUCAGUAUGGACGUAAAUAUUAUGUGGACCAUAAUACACGAAGCACAACAUGGGAGAGGCCUCAACCAUUACCCCCAGGGUGGGAAAUAAGAAGAGAUCACAGAGGUAGGACAUACUAUGUUGACCAUAACACCAGAACAACAACCUGGCAGAGACCUACCCUAGAGAGUGUGCGGAAUUAUGAGCAAUGGCAAUCUCAUCAAGCCCAAGCUAUGCAGCAGUGCCAGCAAAGAUUCCUAUUCCAUACACCUGUUCAAGUAGAAGAAGAUGAUCCUCUUGGGCCUUUACCCGAAGGAUGGGAAAAACGAGUGGAUCCUAAUGGAAGAGUGUAUUUUGUCAACCAUAAAAACAAAACAACCCAGUGGGAAGAUCCACGAACACAAGGAUUAGAAGAUCCACUACCUCCAGGUUGGGAGAUCAAGUACACACCAGAUGGUUCCAGGUACUUUGUGGAUCAUAAUGUGAAAACAACAACCUUCCAAGAUCCCAGGUCUAACCAUGGAGGAAAAGGGCCAAAGGGAGCAUAUGGUGUGCCUGUAGCAUAUGAAAGAAAUUUUAAGUGGAAACUCACCCAAUUCCGAUAUUUAUGUCAUUGUAAUGCCUUACCAAGUCACAUAAAAAUAACUGUAUCAAGAAACAAUAUAUUUGAAGAUUCUUUUAGUCAGAUAAUGAGAGUUCCACCACAUGAACUUAGGCGGAGGCUUUUUAUAACCUUUCGAGGAGAGGAAGGUCUUGAUUAUGGGGGAAUUGCCAGAGAAUGGUUCUUCCUCUUGUCUCAUGAGGUUCUCAAUCCCAUGUACUGUCUCUUUGAAUAUGCUGGUAAAAACAACUACAGCUUACAGAUCAAUCCUGCCUCUUCAGUUAACCCUGAUCAUCUCUUAUACUUUCGAUUUAUAGGUCGAUUUAUUGCAAUGGCCUUAUUUCAUGGAAAGUUCAUCUACACGGGCUUUACAUUACCUUUCUACAAACGAAUGCUAGGAAAGAAACUGACCAUGAAGGAUAUAGAGAGCGUUGACCCAGAGUUUUAUAACUCACUUGUCUGGAUUAAAGAGAACAAUAUAGAAGAGUGUGGACUGGAGCUAUUCUUCAGUGUUGAUUUUGACAUCCUUGGCCAAAUUCAGUCUCAUGAACUAAAGCCCGGUGGAACCGAUAUCCGUGUAGAUGAACUAAACAAAGAUGAAUACCUCAGGAUGAUGACCGACUGGAGGUUUUCUCGAGGACAAGAAGAACAAACUAAAGCUUUUCUGGAUGGUUUUAAUGAAGUUCUACCUUUGGAGUGGUUGCACUAUUUUGAUGAACGUGAGCUCGAGCUUAUGCUUUGUGGGAUGCAAGAAGUGGACAUAGAAGACUGGCACCGUAACACCAUUUACCGACACUAUACUCGUAACAGCAAGCAAGUGAUCUGGUUCUGGCAGUUCGUUAGGGAAAUGGAUAAUGAGAAACGUUCCAGAUUGUUGCAGUUUGUAACAGGAACUUGCAGAGUACCAGUUGGUGGUUUUGCUGAACUAAUGGGGAGCAGCGGGCCUCAGCGUUUUUGCAUAGAAAAAGUUGGGAAAGAAACUUGGCUUCCACGUAGUCACACUUGUUUUAACAGACUGGACUUGCCUCCUUAUAAAAGUUAUGAACAACUGGUGGAGAAAUUGACAUUUGCUAUUGAAGAGACAGAAGGAUUUGCUCAGGAAUGAAGUUAUCAUGACAUUUGAAAAAUAUACAUUACAGAAUGCUGUUUUGGUGUUCAUAAAGUAGAAAAUAGUGGACUUGGAUUGUCCUCUAUAUCAAAAAUGUUCCUGUGAAAGCAAUGAGGGUAGUGAAAUUACAUCACCCAAAUAUUCUGUCUUCAGAGGUUAACUGUAUUAACUUUAAUGGUAUGCAAGCAAAUUGACUUUCGAGAAAAAACUGUAGUCUUUCAAAGAUAAAAGGAGCUUUUUGUACAAAUAAAGAAAGCAUUAAUUUUUUCUUCUGUGAGAUCAAUUUAGAAAAUGCCUUAGUAAGGUUAAUUUGUUUCUUGUAAUGGAGGUUCCCGUUAGUGCAUGUGUAAAUAAUUUAAACAGGUGAAAUGUAUUUAAUACAUUUCAGGUGAAUGAAGUGUUAAAUCUUGGAAUUUUUACAGUGGUUGGACAUGAAAUAACCAAUUAUCUAGGACUCCAGGAACAAAGGCCAUUUGUAUAGAAAGGCUGGCAUAGAAUAAUGUAAGGGUUAUGUAUUCUCUUUAGAAAAUUUAAUCUAAGCAGCAUACAGUUUUUCUUUUUAUGUAUUAAGUUGAAGAUUUUGACAGCUAUUAUAUAUUGUUCCUUUAUUAUGUACACUAUUUUCAGUGUCAACCAAAGAACUUCAUUACAAUAUCCAUCCAAUGUUCUUUCAAUUCUAUAAAAUACACGCUUCUAGAGAAUCUAUUGUAAUCCUGCAGUUUUCCAACAGGUAAUUAGACACCUUAUUUGGGAUUUUGUGUGUUGAUCCUGCAGCUUUCAGAUAUAAAAUAACAGACGUAUUAUUUGGGAUUCUCUUGAUCCUACAGUUCUUGCAACAACACAUAUAUUUUGGGAGUCUAUAUCUUUAUCCUGUAACAUUACAGAAAUAUUAGUUGGAAAUUUGUCUUGAUUCUUCAGUUUUCCAACAAAACAUAACAGACUUUUUCCUUUUUUUUUGGAUUCUGUGCCUUGAUCUUGCAGUUUUCUAACAGAAUGUGACACCAUGGCAUUGAUGUUUUUACUGAGAAUGAAAUAGCUCUGACCAAACCCAAUCAAAGUUGUCACAGUGUUUAUUCUGGAUAGCCACAAAAAUUCAAUUGAACCUAAAGUGUCUGAUUUGAUAAACUACAAAGUAUAAAUGAAUCUAAAAGAUCCGUCCUAGAUAACUUCAAGGUAUAGUUGAACAUACUGUGUCUAACCAGAACAACAAUGAGAACACGGUUAAACCAGCAAAAUUGGACUGGACUAGGAUAGGCUUAAGAUACAAAAUAAAAAAAAGUAAGCAAGAGGCUAUCCUUAGAUACUGUGAAUAAAUUUUAGAAAAACUGGUAUACUAUAGAUUGGACUGCAUUCUGAAAAAGCAGUAAUUAAUUAAUACAUUCUGCAGGCCACCAUUAACUUCAAUUUUUUAAAAUCUAAAAACGUGUAUCUGUUCUAAUUUUGUUUUUAAAUAGCUGCAAAUUCCUGUUUCAUUUUUAAUUUUUUACUGGUCCUAUUUCAUAUUGUUAAUUUUUUUGUUUCUGCAAUUUAUAUGUAGUUCUUUAACUUGUAACUUGACAGCUGAAAGUUUAGAAAACAGCUUCAGAAAAUAUUGAAUUUUUUAAGAAUAGUGUAAGAAGUACAGUAUGUUGCAGAAAACGAAUGAUUGUAUAGCUGGUGUGAUUGUAUAAGCUAUUUAAUAUUUCAGCUAACAAUGUUUCAAUAUUCUAACUAAGUAAAUAUUGAGUUUUUUGAAAUGUACUACUGAAAAUAUUGUGUAAUGAAACAUAAUAAGACUAAGGUCAUUAGAGGUACGUCUUUUAUAUGUUGGAAUGUUUUUUUUAUUGUAUCUAACUUGAAGUUUUCGUAUACAUGAGAAUAACGCGUAAUAAUUGGUCAUUCCUAACCAUAUGAACAUUUUUUUAAUGGAAGCUAAUUAUAGAUUAUUUAGUAUUUUGUAAUAAGGAUAAAAAAAUAUUUAUUCAAAUUAUUCAAGGUGGUAACAGUAGCAUAUAUGGAUUGUUGUAAUACAUAAAGAGUGUUGUUUCUUAUUUAAGUGCAAAAUUUUCAGUGUACUGUCAGAGAUAUGUUUUGUAAUUAGAAACAUCUAAAUAUUAGUUAAUCUGUCUUUGUAACUUGAAAGUCUAGAAAACUGAUUUUGUGAAAUCCAACGAUUUCUCAUAACUUUUAAAAAAUGAUUAUAGAUCAAAAUAGUUUAAGAAAAUAGAAAUAUAAUUUGGUAAAGUUCCAUAUAUGAAAUAAUUUUUGUGAUUAAUCAGACUGAGUUUGAUUGUCAUGUUAAUGUUUGAUGUUGUUAUGUUUGACAGUUUUGUAGGUUGCCUGAGGUUGUAAUUAGUGAAUGGUAUAAGUAUGGCAAGGGAUUAUCCUGUUUUGAUUGUGUACAUACUUCUUCUGGAUCUUAAAAUAAAGUUUUAAGCCAUUUCAUAAUGAAGAGGUGUAUAUUUUGCAAUUGUAUUAAUUUAUGUAAUUACCUAGGUAUUUUUUUUUUACUUAAAACUUUUAAAUUAUUAACCUUAAUUUGUAAUUUAUGAAAAUUCAGCUGUGUGAGUGAAGUGCUCAAAAAAUUGCAUAUUUUGAUGCAAUUCUUGUGGAAAAUAUUUGAACAUUGCUUUUAAUCAGAUCUUCAAAAUAUGCAAAGUUUGUGCUAAGUGUAUGGGAAAAUUAGCAUUAGAUACCAAAUAUUUUUUAAAUAUAUUGGAUCCACUAUGUUUUGUAUGAGUGUACACACAUCUGAAUCAGUGUGAUCUCUCUGUUGAGAAACUAUAAGGUGAGUCAGACUGAACCUGAGAAAGUACAUUUAGUGCACCAAAAAAAGAAGCUUGAUUGGGUGGUUCUGGUACAGGAGCAGUGUUUAGAAAGGUUUAGAAUUUGUUUACUUUUAUCACAUACCUUAUUUGAGUGGGAAUUAAAUUUAAACACCAGGGGAAUGCUUUAGAAUUAUUUUAUAAUCUAUCAUUUAAAUAUAAAUGCUUAUGACAAACAACUAUAUUCUAAUGGUGCUGGUAGCAGCAUUUUCCAGAAGUUUCAUGUACAAUUAAGACUAAUAUAUACCAGAAUUGUGAACCUACUUGUUAAAGAGUAGUUUAUUACAGCAUAGGAGUUCCUCAUUACCACAUUGCUUUGAUGGGUGAUGAUGUAUAUCAGCAUCCAUGGGUUAAAAAUGUCAAAUCUUUUUUUAUCUUGUGGUAAGCAGAGUGGAAAUUAUGUGUGCACAAUAAUCUGAAAUGUGUUUCACAAACAGUUGUAGGCGAGUAAGAUACAGCUGGUCUAGAAUAUGAAAAAAGAAAUGUUUCAUACAUAUAUAUAAAUUUUUGUUUCAUUCUUGUCAUUUUUCUCAAUUUUGUUUUGUGAAAAUGCUUUUAAUAUUUUUUCAUUUCUUCCCGACUUACUUUCAUUGGAUUUCUAUCUAAUUUAAAAAAGGGUUGCCAUAUAUUUUUUUACAUUCUAUACUAUUAAUUGAAAUAACAUAGGCUCACGCUCACUUUCAUCUUCCCAUUUCAUUGACUUAUUAUUUCUGUUAUUGUUAUUAACUUCCCUUCAGCUUCAUUACUUUCCUUGUUAUUUUCAGUUUCCAUUCUUUUGAGUCUCAUUACCUCUCUAGUUAUCGUUUGCUCUUAGUCUUUUUACUUCCCAUUAGUUUCCUUCUUAGUCUCAGUACUUUUCUAAUUACAUUGUGUUUGUUCUUAGCUGCAUUGCUUCCCCGGUUACUAUUUGCAUUUGUUCUUUAGUUUCUGUUUUCAGUCUUUCUUUGUUGAUCAUUUUUGUUGUUAGUCUCAUUACUUGUGUACUUGUCAGUUUCAAUUCUUAGUCUUUUGCUUCUUUAACUACUGCUACUUUCUUCUUGUCAGUUUUCAAACGUUCAGGAAAUAGACUAAUUAUUCUUUCACUUCUCUAAGACUUUUUUUUGUCUAAAAGAACAUUGAAACAAAUUUCCCCAGUUUAUAAAAUUUAUGUUUUCAGUGGUUAACUAAACUGCAAUAAAAAUUUAUAUUUUAUUGAGUUUUGUAUAAAUCAUUUUAAUUUGAUAUGAAGGUACGUUAGAAUCUAUUUUUUUUUUCAUGAUUUCAUAAGGUAUAUAAAUAUGGAUUUACUGUAAAUUAUGCCAUUUAUAUUAAAAGAAAAAAGGAAGUUUUACUUCUCAUUACUCUUGACAUUGAAUAUUAUUAUUGUAAAGAACCUAAUGCAUAUGGUAAUGAAAGGAAUAAACAGUUGAUCUGAA